AGAUCAUAAAGUAUCUAUUUCCGAACUCUCCGCCAUGAGUGUGGUACACAAGUGCACCUCGAAAUUGCUCACCGCUAAUAUGAAUACCACCACGAGGUUGAAUAUGCGAUUUCAUACACGAAACUAUGGAUCAUCAAAUGGCAACACGCUCCACAAACAAAUCAAUCCAUGGAGUAGUAAAACAAACAUUCGAAUACAAAAAUUCAACUAUCAUGACAGACGGCCACUUCCCGCGGUCUUCGCCUCAUUCAUUUUCUUAGUUUUAAGCAUUUUUUGUGAGAUCAAAGCGCAAACUCGAGAUCCUCGGUUUUACUCACGUCCGGGUGUAAAUGAUUACAACUGGCCAAAUCCAGGUGAUCCUGAUUAUAGAACCUAUAUUUUUAAUGAUCGUCGUUAUGGACAUUAUUUGCCUAACGGCUAUGGCUCAAACUAUCCCGGCAGGAAUUCUCCAGGACAAUACCCACAGGGAAUGCCCAACGAAGAACGAUUUCGGUUUGGUCCGGUAAGUUGCCAUGAAUAAUAAUCCAUAAAUAUC